AUGUCCCUAUCUCGAGAAGCCAUGCAGGAGGGACGUGAAUAUCUCAAAGGUACGUUAACAGCAUUGUUAUCAUCUUUUUGUUUACAAAUUUUGAAAUUCGUACUGGGCUAGCCUAGAAAUUUUUGUUGUUAUGUAGCUAAGAAAUUGUAUGCUGGUCUUUAAGGUUUGGGUUAGGGGUUAGUUUAUGAAGGUUUCUGUUAGUAUAUGAUUCUAAAAAAUGUGUGCCGUUUUUUAUUGCGUGUUACAAAAACAGUGCGGGUUUAAAAGAAAAUGUUUGGUUUUAUUUUCAGUCCAAAUGCUUUAAUUAUUGUCUACACGUUGCAGUCUUAACUUUUCAAUUGCACGGUGCUAAGUCAAUUCUAAGGUUUUGAGGUGCAUUUUAAUGUACAGAGCUUAAAACGUAUGUUCUAAAGUAUAAAUAAUAGUUUUAUAAUAAUUAGCUGUUUUGAUUGGGGGUUUUAAAGCUUAACUUUCUCUAAAACCUUUCAUCGAAGGCUUUUUAAAUAAAAACAUAGAUGAAAAAAUUAAGAUAUAGUGGUAUGGUUAGGUAUAAAAAAGCCUAAACUCUUCAAAAUUAUAUAGCCUAAACAUGGGCAUUUUCAGAUAAUUCAGCCCAAAUGUUUGGUCAAAAGUUCUUCGACUGCCGUGUUGUUUCGAUAUGUCAGUUGUGCCAAAAGUCAGACAAAUUCGAAAAUCGAUUUCUGGCCAUUUGUAAAUACAGAGUCUUCAUCGUUCACGGCAAAAACCCGGUCAAUUUUAAGUUGGAGAAAAGCUUUAACUUGCUCACAUUGAGACAACUCCAGGUUCUGAACAAAGAAGUAAGUGUUUUGACUGUUCUUGUCGUCUUAGGUCUGUAACUGGAAUAAUGAAGCAAAUAUGUGUUUAUGGGGUACUGUAAUGAAGCUUAUGUACUGUAUUAAUAGUUUCUAAAGUUGUAGUACAUUACAUCACUGUAUGUAUGUGGUUACAAUUAGUCAUGAAAGAAGGUCGUGUAGACUAAGAACGGAAUAAAACCUCAUAUUUUCAGUUGAUACUGGUAUACGAAGACAAGCUAAAAUGUCACAAAGUAAUCUACCGGUCGGAUGACAUUGAGCCUCUCCAAAUGGCAAAGGAAAUAUUGUCAGCUCUGAAGCAUUACCUACCAGACAUUGGCCCUUGCAUUCCGAGAGUCAUGCAAGUACAGCCAGAGCAUCUUCUCCACGAAUUCCACCUGUUACCUUCUAGUCAGCCGUCAUUACCCUGUCAUAAUUUUAGACGGACGUAUGUUACGAUAUGUGAUUUGAUAGAUCAGCCUUACAACGAAGAGAUCAUCUGGGACGUGGACAGGAUCUACUUCAUCAACAAGAUCAGGGACAUUCGGUUGGAGGACUUUGGCCAUCUUGGUGUUAAGUAGGUUGUUUUAAAGUGGUUUUAUUGUAUAACUGCCAAGCUAUACAGAAUUUUAUUUAGCUUAAAAAUAUAAUACAUAGGGUAAGUAACUUAUAAUCUGUUCACUCUAUAAUAUCACAUUUCAGAGACCAAGUAGCAGUAAUUGGAUGUGCUCAAUUCUCUUCGUACUUCACGGGUAUUACUGUAGAAUCUACAAAGUUAACGGCUGAUCAUGUUGAUAUGAUUCUGAAUGUCGUCAGACGAUCUUCCUCUUUAAAGUCGCUCCGAUUGACAAACUGUGGUCUGCCUAAGGAAUUUUGUCAGCAUCUUGGCAAUGCCUUAUCAGCCAACUCUGACAUUCCAUUGGCUGUUCUGGAUUUGAGUGGAAAUCAGUUGGAUGAUAAGAAACGUAAGUUAUUUUGGUUAUUUGGUUACAUUUUAGACUACUGUACUUUGGGAUAUGACUGUAGAUUUGCUAUUUUGACUUUUAUAGUAGUAUAUCAGGCAUGACCGAUCUAAUUUGGAUACCUUAAAUUGCCUUUUCAGACAUUUGCAACUUGUCAGCAGUGUUACCGUGCAUCAGAACAUUGAAAUCCAUAUCAUUCGCAGAUUGUGGCUUGUCAGACAAGAGUAUUCAUCACUUAGCCUCAGGGCUCACAACUGGCCUAACUAUUGACAAAAAUGCCUCAGGCAACAAAUUUGAGUUAAGAAGGUUGAUUUUAUCACGAUGUUCACUAAAGGACGACCCAACAGAGUUGAUAAACUUUGUAUCAGUCUGUGGAUCGUUAAGAUCUCUGGAUCUGAGUGGCACUGGCAUUCUGAUUGACAAACUGUGGUCAGCACUAAAGCUGGGAGGUCUUCAGCUGGAGCAGUUGAAUAUCAGUGGCUGUCAGUCGAUGAAGAAACACAAAGAAGGCGUGGCCUCGAUCAAGGAAUUGUUCGCUUGUAUGGUCAACCUGAAGGAACUAAACCUAUCAAACACUCCUUUAAGUGCAGAACUACUUCAGGCCAUUCUACAAGGUCUUUCGGCAAAUUCCCAACUGUCUGACAUUAAGUUGAACCUGGAUGGAGCUUGUGGUGAUAAAGGGUGUGGCUUAAUCCUAGAACAAUAUCUUCCUUUGUGUCCGAUCGCUUUUCUGUCAUUAAGAGACAAUAACCUUGAACAAGAUGCUCUCAAACUGUUCACAUCAUUGAGGACGAUGACAGCACUACAGAGUUUGGAUGUUGGAGGGAACAACUUUAUUGCCCUGAGGGUGAACAAGAAGUACAGCAGUGUGUUGAGCAAGCUCGUCAAUGAACUGACCAAGUUAAUUGCCAGUGAGGAAGUUGUAAGUUUUGUUUAAAAUGUUUGAAAAUUACUAUUUUGCGACAAAAAGUAUAUUUUUAUAGACAAAGGAUGACGAAACAUUGUUUUACAUGAGCUUGAACUACAGUAAAGACUUUUUCUUACCGUAAUCUUAUUUCAGGAGCUAAAAGAGUUGAUUCUAAGCGACGCCAAGCUCGGCAACUUCUUAACCAUCCUCCUCAACGCCCUCAGCGUUGCCAACAUUGAACAACUCGACAUCUGUAACAAUGAAAUUGGCAAUUCUGGAGCUAGGCUUCUUUCGAAGGCUCUGCAGAUGAACACUAGCCUAAAAGUAGUGGCAUUUGACAGGAACCAAAUUGGCCUAGACGGAUUCCAGGAAAUCGCCUACGGGUUGAAAUUGAAUCAUUCUGUCACUUCGAUCCCAUUCCCAUCGAUCGACAUAUCAGAAGCUUUAAAUCGACCGGAAAGAGCCAAGGUCUUGAGUACGGUCGCCGAGAUAGAAGUGGCUUUAGAGAGGAAUAGAAAGAACCCGAAGUUGUUUGAGCUACAUUCACAGAAGAUACUCAACGAUUUGAAUAAUGUAAGAUAGUGUUUGCUUUGGUAUUUGAUCAGCAGUACUUAAAAUUGCACGGUGCAAGAAACAAAGUUUAAUUUGUACGGUGCUGACACUUAAUUUAUAGCCUUAUCAAAUAUUUCAUACUCUUAUAUAUACAAUUUCAGCACUGCGACAAGUACGAAGUGAACAACAAUACCCAGAAGAAGGUGGUAUUCCACACUCUGACUGAUGUUCUCAGCGAACUCGAAUCAGCUUCAACGUCAGCCUUAUCAUCAGAAAACCUGGUCAAUCAACUAUCAUCAGACUUGGCCCAGCUAGCCAGAGAAAGCAGCAACACCUUCUGCCAUCUCAUCCAAAAGCGACUAGCUGAUCAUAAUGUGGAAAUCAUCGAGCCGGUCGGAAACUGUCAUCCAGAAGACCUUAACGAUGAAGUUCGAGCACAAUUCGAGGAGAAAAUUAAUGGAUUCAUCCGAGAGGCCUGCUUCCAGACGGCUUUCAACCAGUUGGACAAGUUAUUGACCCAAAGCGACGCCUUCAAGUUGAGAGGAUCCAUCUCGAACUUGGGGAUCGAGAACUCUGUACAUAUUAACCAGUUCUCGGCCAGGACUAACACACCUAUGGCACAUCGCCCGAACUCGGCAUUGGUUAUUGAUGACAGUCCGAAGAGGACGGCUGCCGCUAAUGGCAACUUAUCUACACCAUCAUCCCCAUUGGUGCAUCUGGUCAAGAAUCGACCACCUCCGCCUAGGAUUUUGAAAAAUAAGGUGAGGGAGUGUAGAUUUUGAUUAAAAGUUUACAACAAUAAGGAUUUUUAAGAAAAAAAUUUAGCUGUCUGCGAACUAAAACUCAAUUUUAUCUAAAAACCAUGAAAUAUUUAUAGAUUUUUGUCCGUAGUGUGACACCAGUCGUGAACAGUGACAACACUUCUGUGAUGACAUCUUCAAUCCACUCUUCAAACUCCUCAAACAUGUCCAGCAAUGAAUCCAAACACGCUUCAGAAGACGUCGAGAGCAAUUCAGAAGCACCCCCUCUCAUUCCAAGACGCACUCGCCUACCCCCAAUGCCCAAUCAUCCCCCACGCCUCCCACCCAAACCCGGAUCCGACUCUCCGUCCAGUACUAGAAGCCCCACUGACCUGAGGAACCAUCGGACCAGAGUUCUGCCAGCUCUGGAUGAAGCCAUGUUGGCCUUCAAGGAUCCUGACAGCUCUUCCUAA